AUGACAGUGACCUACACCAACCGCGUGGCUGAUGCCCGCCUGGGCACCUUCUCCCAGCUCCUGCUCCAAUGGAAGGGCAGCAUCUACAAACUGCUCUACUCCGAGUUCCUCAUCUUCAUCUCGCUCUACUUCACCAUCAGCCUUGUCUACAGGCUGAUCCUGAGCGAGAGCCAAAGGCUGAUGUUCGAGAAGCUGGCGCUGUACUGCAACAGCUACGCCGAGCUAAUCCCCGUGUCCUUCGUGCUGGGCUUCUAUGUGGCCCUGGUGGUGUCCCGCUGGUGGGCCCAGUACGAGAGCAUCCCAUGGCCAGACCGGAUCAUGAACCUGGUGUCCUGCAAUGUGGAUGGGGAGGACGAGUAUGGGAGGCUCCUGCGCCGCACCCUGAUGCGCUACAGCAACCUGGUCAGCGUGCUGAUCCUGCGCUCUGUCAGCACUGCUGUCUACAAGCGCUUCCCCAGCAUGGAGCACGUCGUGAGGGCAGGCCUCAUGACACCAGAAGAGCACAAGAAGUUUGAGAGCUUGAAUUCCCCCCACAACAAGUUCUGGAUUCCGUGCGUGUGGUUCUCCAACCUGGCUGUGAAGGCGAGGAAUGACGGGAGGAUCCGGGACAGCGUGCUGCUCCAAGGCAUCCUGAAUGAGCUCAACACCUUGCGCAGUCAGUGUGGGAAACUCUACGGAUACGACUGGAUCAGCAUCCCCCUGGUCUACACCCAGGUGGUGACCGUGGCUGUUUACAGCUUCUUCCUGGCCUGUCUGAUUGGGAGGCAGUUCCUGGAUCCAGAGAAAGCAUAUCCUGGCCAUGAGCUGGAUCUCUUUGUGCCCGUCUUUACAUUUUUGCAAUUCUUCUUCUAUGCUGGCUGGUUAAAGGUGGCUGAGCAGCUCAUCAACCCUUUUGGGGAGGACGACGAUGACUUUGAAGCCAACUGGCUCAUUGACAGGAACCUGCAGGUCUCCCUCAUGGCAGUGGAUGAGAUGCACCAGGAUUUACCCAUUCUGGAGAAGGACCUGUACUGGAACGAGCCUGACCCUCAGCCACCCUACACUGCUGCCACCGCUGAGUACAAGCGCCCGUCCUUCCUGGGCUCCACUUUUGACAUCAGCAUGCAGAAAGAAGAGAUGGAGUUCCAGCCCCUGGAGCAGAUUAAAGAGAACGAGGAGGCCAACCACUCCACUCCCUUGCUGGGACACCUGGGCCGCCUCCUGGGUGUCCAGUCCCCAAACUUCUCCAGGUCCUCUUCUCGGAUGAACCUGCUGCGCCGGCGAGGAGAUCCCGCGUCGCCCUUCUCCCAUUAUACCUACCAGGACAUGGGGAAGGCUGGAAGCCCUUGUGGCAUCAAUCAGCCAAGGGGAGACUCCCAGGAGCAGUGGGACAGCGAAGAGGGAAAACUGAGGGAGUUUGAUGCUUUCAUGUCCACGCCCUUCUACGAGAGGCCUGGGUUCUACAGCGCUCCACAGACACCCAUCAGCUCCAUCCCCAUGAUUUUCCCUUCCCGGCGCCCAGGGCGCAAGAAGCCACCGGCGCUCUCCAGCAUUGCCGCGUGCUCCACUUCCCUUCGGGAUGUCAUUGUCAACGCCUCCCCUUCCAGGGCCAGCGAUGUGGACAAGAGUCAGAGUUCCCUGGGCUCUGCUGCAAAGGAAACCUUUGUAUGGCCAACAGAGCGGAGUAAAGGCCCUGACUCUGUGGCCGUGACAGUAGAAGAAGGAAAGAGCAGCUCCAGGGAAGCCGCCACUACAGGAAGUCCAGGAGCACAGUCCACAGCAUCCAAUAGCCCCAAAUUCCCCUUCCUGCCAGAGCCCCCUGAGCAUGAGAAGCACGGCAGCUUCAAAAGCCUGAAGAGCUCCAAAGCCUCACGCCCACCCUGGCUAAACCUGGAGAGCACAGCCUCAGCCACUCCCAAUUCGGAGCAUUCCAGUGCCUUUCACACCCCCAGCAACAAAACCCCUGGAGGCAGCACCUCCCUCUGCUUCUCCUUCACUCCCGUCACCUCUCCAGCGAUGGAAAGGUCCCACAAGGACAACCUGGGCCCUGAGGCUCGCAGCCUGAGUUUGGAAGAUGCAGCCAGUGCUCCAGAGCAGCACCCAGAGGUUUCCAGGAACAUGAGAGACCCUGGGAAUGGAAACACCAAUCCUCCAGCACCCAAAGAGCCCAGGAGAGCAGAGAGUCCAUCCCCCAACGACUCUGGAAUCUCCCUAGCUGAGGGUGACUAUGUGGGGCUGAUGGAGGUGAUCCUGGAGGCCAGUGAAAGCCCAGGGGAGGAGCAGAUGGACCAGUACAGCUAA